CGAGCUCCCCGGCCUCGCAACCGGCGAUCCGCGCAACGGAGGAGCCGCCGCCGGCGGCGGCUCCUUGUGCGCGACGAGCUGCUGGUGCUGCUGCUGCAGAGCUGCGACGCGCCGACGUGGGUGGGACGUGCCCCCGAAGCAGCGCGAGAGGCGGCGGAGCAUGGACGGAGCGUGGCGGUUCGGUCGCGCAACAGGAGGCCCAGCUUUCCGUAACCCUUUGGGAUCUCCUCGUCUCGUAGUAUUAAACGUGGCAACGGCUCGUCCCUAGAUCUCCGUAACCCCAAGCGGUACCCGGAGAUUUGGGCGCUGAUCGAUCAAAAGGACGACGGCUCGAACCCGGACCCGGGACCCCCGCCGCCGCCGCCGGACGCCUACGCCCCGAUCGAUCGCGCCGCCGCCCGCGCGAGGGAGAGGUACUGCUAGCGCAUUCCGUGCCCGCUCGCCUCGCCCCCUCUCUCUGGCUCGCCUGUGCUUCCUCGGCCCCUCCUUAGCCCCCCCCCCCCUGCUGCUCGGGCCUGUUCCCCUCGCCGACGAAAGGCUGAUCUGAGUUGGAUCAUCCUCGGCACUCAACUUCUCUUCAGCAAUGGUGUUCUGUUAUCACUGUCAGGAUGACUGCCCGUAUAUACAGGACCCUGACAACGGGAUCACAUGUUGUGGAAUGUGCGGGAAGGUUUUUGAUGAGCACAUUUUUGAGGUUGGGCCUACUUUUGUCAAGAACUCCUCGGGACAGAGCGAAAUGGCUGGAAAAAUAAUUGAAGGCGUUGGGAGUGGCUGUUCUAUAUCCCGUGAAAGAACUGAAGCAAAAGGGAGAGAUGAGAUUUGGCAGAUUGUCCAUGGUUUGCAUGUGAGCGGUGGAGAUGAUAUCAUUUGCACUGCUCAUAACUUUUAUAAACUAGCUCUUGAUAAUGACUUUACUAAGGGACGUCGAACAAGUCACGUUGCAGCCGCUUGUCUUUACAUUGCCUGCCGGCGAGGUGAAAAACCUUAUCUUCUUAUUGAUUUCUCAGACCAUUUGCAAAUAAGUGUUUAUGUCCUAGGUGGUGUUUUUCUGCAGCUUUGCCAGGUUUUGUUACUCGGAGAACACCCAAUUGUUCAAAAGCUUGUAGAUCCUAGCCUUUUCAUCCAUCGUUUUACUGAACGUUUACUGGGAAAAAGGGACAAUGCUGUCUCGGACACAGCUUUACGCAUUGUAGCUAGCAUGAAGCGAGACUGGAUGCAGACUGGGAGGAAGCCAAGUGGUUUAUGUGGUGCAGCAUUAUAUAUCGCGGCACUUUCUCACGGAUAUGAUUACACCAAGGCAGAUAUUGCUGCUGUUGUGCAUGUCUGUGAGGCAACGCUAUCUAAGCGCUUAGUAGAGUUUGAAAAUACAGAUUCUGGUAGCUUAACGAUUGAAGAUUUUUUGGCAAAGGCUGAUGAAGAGACGGUUCCAAAAUGUUCAGCCAAGUAUGGAGACGUCCUUUGUGAGCACAAGGGUGCUGAGCAUUUUUCUCAUGGACUUUGCGAGGAAUGCUACUACAAUUUCACUGAGCUGUCAGGUGGACUGGAGGGUGGUGCUGACCCUCCAGCUUUUCAGCGAGCUGAAAAAAAAAGACAUGCUGCUGCUAAAAGAGCUAAGGAUUCUUCUGUAGUCGACACAACAUUAUGUGAGUUACAUAGUUCUGAUGUUGAGCAUAACAUCAUGAGCCCUGGGAAGGUAAACUGUGUAGGCAAAUCUUCGACAGGUUGUUCCAGUCAAACUGCAAAUGAUUUUGAAGCUCCCAUCGAUCCUGAAGUGGAAGGUGAAAAUGGUAAAGCUGAUUCUGAUCCUGAAAAUCUUUCUGAUAUUGAUGAUGUGGAGGUUGACGGGUAUCUUCACAACGAGGAAGAAACACAGAACAAAAAGAUUAUCUGGGAGGAAAUGAACAAAGAAUACCUAGAGGAACAAGCUGCAAAGGAAGCUUUAGCGGCUGAAUUGGCAGCGAAAGGUAUAUCUGUUGGAGAGGGACAACCGAAGAAACGGAAACGUAAGGAGGACAAGAACUCCACACCUGCUGAAACACCAGCAGAAGCAACAUGCAACAUGUUGAAACGGAAGGGACUUGGGUCAAAAAUCAAUGUUGAAGCUGUUAGUGGAUUGUACAAUACUGAAGAUGAAGUUGGCAAAGCAAAUGGCAAAGAUGACAUACACUUUGACGAGGAAUAUGAACAGGAUAUCGGUUAUGGUGAAACAUUUGAUGCUAGUUACGACUAUGGUCACGAUGCUGAUUACAACUAUGAAGGCUAUGUUGAUGAGGGUGGUGGCGGAGUUUAUGAUGAUUAUCAUGACACUGAUUACUAGUAGCAGUUUUCUGCAGAGUGGCAACCUGACCAAGAUCUGUUCCGACUACCAAGGCGAACUGAAAAUCUUAUAUUCUACCUAUACCAAGCUAAGACUAAGUUAUAGUAUAUGCGUAAACUGACACCGAAUAGAUUUGUGGACCACAGUAAGACUGCUCUCUUAGAAAAGUUUCCGGUGCAAAGUUCUAAAAAAUGAGUAAUCAACAGUAAGACUGAAGAGACCGAUACCUUUAUCAAGGACCAUUUUCUUUGUAUUUUUUAAAACAUCAUCUGAAAUAACAGUUACAUCAUUUAUGAGCAUGUUUGCAA